CUCGCGCCUGCGCGGGGCUCGGGCGCUUCCGCGAAGGGGACGGGGGAGGGUGCAGAAGAGCGGCCUUCCCUACGCCUGCGCUCUUGGACUAAGAUGGCGGUGGCGCCCCGCCUGGGCUGGGGAGCUGCGGCAGCUGCCGCGGGGCUGCGAAGGCGAUUAUGUCAGAUGAUGAAUCCAUAUACCAUUAAGAAACAGCCUCUGCAUCAGUUUGUCCAAAGACAACUUUUUCCACUACCUGCAACUUUAUAUAACCCAGUGAGAUACAUGUUUAUUCAAACGCAAGAUACUCCAAAUCCCAAUAGUUUAAAGUUUAUUCCUGGAAAGCCAGUUCUUGAGACAAGGACCAUGGAUUUUCCCACACCAGCUGCAGCAUUUUGCUCCCCUCUGGCUAGGCAGUUAUUUAGGAUUGAAGGAGUAAAAAGUGUCUUCUUUGGACCAGAUUUCAUCACUGUCACAAAAGAAAGUGAAGAGUUAGAUUGGAAUUUACUGAAACCAGAUAUUUAUGCUACAAUUAUGGAUUUCUUUGCAUCUGGCCUACCUUUAGUUACUGAGGAAACACCUUCAGGAGAAGCAGGAUCUGAAGAUGAUGAUGAAGUUGUGGCAAUGAUUAAGGAAUUGUUAGAUACUAGAAUACGGCCAACUGUGCAGGAAGAUGGAGGAGAUGUAAUCUAUAAAGGCUUUGAAGAUGGCAUCGUACAGCUGAAACUCCAAGGUUCUUGUACCAGCUGCCCCAGUUCAAUCAUUACUUUGAAAAAUGGAAUUCAGAACAUGCUGCAAUUUUAUAUUCCAGAAGUAGAAGGUGUAGAACAGGUUAUGGAUGAUGAAUCAGAUGAAAAAGAAGCAAACUCACCUUAAAGUAAUUUGAGUUUUCUUUGAGCCCAGCAGUCAGACUUGCUGAUAAUAUAUACUAAGCUUUUAUUAUUAAUCUGCUAAGAAAUUUGAGGAUUAAUAAAAUGUGCCCUUUCUUCAGAGAAUGAUAUA